AUGUCUUUCUAUUUAUAUAGUUUAUCUGAAAGGUUAGCAAGUCUCGAAGCCAGACUCGAAGCCCUUACCCGUUCUUUAGAUACUUCAGAUAUUUAUUCUCCCCCUCCCUACCAUCCGAUAUAUCCUAAAGAUGCUUUUAUUAAAAAUUACUCCUUUAUGGAGCCUACCGAAUUUUCAUUGUCAGCUAAUGACAGUUGCUACUUUACUGGUUUGCCUUCGUUGGUCAAACCAUUACCAAAAUUUUCAAAAAUUAAGCCAGCUCAUUCAUAUAGUAGCAGCUAUUUUCAUUAUCUUUCUAAAAACAAAUUUACAGACCUGGUAAUUGAAGUUGGAGAAGAGCCUGAUAUUGAAAGAUUUAAUGCACAUAAAGAAAUUCUUUCUAAUA